CGAACAUCUGGCUUCAUCACUACGUGCGUCACUUGCGUAAAUGUCCCCGUGAUCGUGAACAGAUGUGCGCAUGCUCAUUGUCAGGGGGGAGUGAGAGAGGAGCAUGAAUGGAGCAAAAUGGCGGAUCAUGUGCAGAGCCUAGCCCAGCUAGAGAUCCUGUGCAAGCAACUAUAUGAGACCACAGACACCACCACACGUCUACAGGCCGAGAAAGCUCUGGUGGAGUUCACCAACAGUCCCGACUGCCUGAGUAAAUGCCAGUUGUUGCUGGAAAGCGGAAGUUCCUCGUACUCGCAGUUGUUGGCUGCAACAUGUCUCUCCAAGUUGGUGUCUCGUACAAGCAAUCCACUUCCCCUGGAGCAGCGCAUUGACAUUCGAAAUUAUGUUCUCAAUUAUCUGGCGACCCGGCCAAAGCUUGCUGCCUUUGUGACACAAGCCUUGAUCCAGCUCUAUGCCAGAAUCACCAAGCUUGGCUGGUUUGACUGCCAAAAGGAAGAUUACGUCUUCAGGAAUGUCAUUGUCGAUGUGACAAGAUUCCUGCAGGAUAGUGUUGAACACUGCAUCAUAGGAGUCACAAUUCUUUCCCAGUUAACCAAUGAGAUUAACCAAGCAGACUCAACACAUCCACUUACAAAACAUAGAAAGAUUGCGUCAUCAUUUCGAGAUUCCUCUUUGUUUGACAUCUUCACCCUCUCCUGCAACCUCCUCAAGCAGGCAUCUGGGAAGAACUUGAAUCUAAAUGAUGAGAGCCAGCAUGGGCUACUCAUGCAGCUACUCAAACUGGCCCACAAUUGCCUCAACUUUGAUUUCAUUGGUACAUCCACCGAUGAAUCCUCAGAUGAUCUGUGCACCGUCCAGAUCCCCACCAGCUGGAGAUCAGCCUUUUUGGAUUCCUCAACCUUGCAGCUGUUUUUUGAUUUGUAUCAUUCCAUCCCUCCCUCGCUGUCUCCCUUGGUUUUGUCUUGUCUAGUCCAAAUAGCAUCUGUCCGGAGGUCUUUAUUCAACAACGCAGAGAGAGCAAAGUUCCUCUCCCAUUUAGUAGAUGGUGUGAAGAGAAUAUUGGAGAACCCUCAAAGUUUGUCAGACCCAAACAACUACCAUGAGUUCUGCCGACUGCUGGCUCGACUCAAGAGUAACUAUCAGCUGGGAGAGCUGGUUAAAGUAGAGAACUACCCCGAGGUCAUUAGACUGAUUGCUAACUUCACCGUAACUAGUCUGCAGCACUGGGAGUUUGCCCCCAACAGUGUGCACUAUCUGCUGAGCCUGUGGCAGCGGUUGGCAGCAUCUGUCCCUUAUGUGAAAGCCACAGAGCCCCACAUGCUGGAGACCUACACCCCUGAGGUGACCAAGGCCUACAUCACGUCCCGCCUAGAGUCCGUGCACAUCAUUCUGAGGGAUGGUCUUGAAGACCCCUUGGAUGAUGCUGGCUUGGUGCAACAGCAGCUAGACCAGCUGUCUACUAUCGGCCGGUGUGAAUAUGAGAAGACCUGCGCCCUGCUUGUCCAGCUCUUCGAUCAGUCGGCCCAGUCGUACCAGGAGCUGCUGCAGUCCACCAACUCCAGCACAAUGGACAUAGCAGUGCAGGAGGGUCGUUUGACGUGGCUAGUGUACAUCAUUGGCGCAGUCAUUGGAGGAAGAGUAUCCUUCGCCAGCACAGAUGAGCAGGAUGCCAUGGAUGGGGAGCUUGUGUGUCGAGUUUUGCAGUUAAUGAACCUCACAGACUCACGACUGGCUCAAGCAGGAAAUGAGAAGCUUGAGUUAGCCAUGCUCAGUUUCUUUGAGCAGUUUCGCAAAAUCUACAUCGGUGACCAGGUGCAAAAAUCAUCAAAGUUAUAUCGAAGACUAUCAGAGGUUCUUGGCUUGAAUGAUGAGACCAUGGUACUCAGUGUUUUCAUUGGGAAAAUAAUCACCAACUUGAAGUACUGGGGACAGUGUGAACCAAUCACAUUUAAGACACUACAGCUCCUCAAUGACCUUUCGAUUGGAUACAGCAGUGUUAGAAAACUUGUGAAACUCAGUGCUGUCCAGUUCAUGCUAAACAACCAUACAAGUGAGCACUUUUCUUUCCUGGGUGUGAACAAUCAGGCCAACCUUAGUGACAUGAGGUGUCGGACCACUUUCUACACAGCCUUGGGAAGACUUCUUAUGGUAGAUUUGGGUGAGGAUGAGGACCAGUUUGAACAGUUCAUGCUUCCUCUCACUGCUGCAUUUGAGGCCAUCGCUCAGAUGUUCAGCACCAACACCUUCAAUGAACAAGAAGCAAAAAGGACUUUAGUAGGACUGGUGAGAGAUCUGCGGGGAAUUGCCUUUGCCUUUAAUGCCAAGACCAGCUUUAUGAUGCUCUUUGAUUGGAUUUACCCCUCUUACAUGCCCAUCUUACAGCGGGCGAUAGAGCUCUGGUACCAUGUACCUGCCUGCACCACACCAGUCCUCAAACUCAUGGCUGAGCUCGUCCACAACAGGUCACAGAGAUUACAGUUUGAUGUGUCGUCACCGAAUGGAAUCCUGCUGUUCAGGGAGACCAGCAAGAUGAUUACAACAUAUGGGAAUCGGAUUCUGACGCUGGGUGAGGUGCCAAAAGAUCAGGUGUACGCGCUGAAACUGAAGGGAAUCUCCAUUUGUUUCUCCAUGCUGAAAGCCGUAUUAAGUGGCAACUAUGUCAACUUCGGCGUCUUCCGUCUGUACGGCGAUGAUGCCUUGGACAAUGCCCUGCAGACCUUUAUUAAACUGCUCUUGUCCAUCCCUCAUAGUGACCUGCUGGACUAUCCAAAGCUUAGUCAGUCUUUCUACUCUCUUCUGGAGGUGCUAACCCAAGACCAUAUGAACUUCAUCGCCAGCCUGGAGCCUCAUGUGGUCAUGUACAUCCUGUCCUCCAUAUCAGAGGGGCUCACAGCACUUGACACAAUGGUAUGCACUGGUUGCUGCUCAAGCUUGGACCACAUAGUUACUUAUCUAUUCAAACAGCUGUCACGCAGCACAAAGAAAAGAGCGGCGCCCAUGGCCCAGGAGAGCGACCGCUUCCUUCACAUAAUGCAGCAGCACCCUGAGAUGAUCCAGCAGAUGCUGUCCACAGUGUUGAAUAUCAUCAUUUUCGAAGAUUGUAGGAAUCAGUGGUCAAUGUCACGGCCACUGCUUGGCUUGAUUCUACUCAAUGAGAAGUAUUUUGCAGAUUUGAGGAACAGCAUUGUGAACAGCCAACCACCAGAAAAGCAGCAAGCCAUGCACUUAUGCUUUGAAAAUCUCAUGGAGGGCAUAGAGCGAAACUUGCUGACCAAAAACAGAGACAGGUAAUUGGUAAUUUGAUUUCCUCAGAAUUUCAGCUUGCUUUGCAUUUAAGCCUUUUAGAAGUAGG